UUGGUGUCAUCAGUUUGCCGCCCUGACAGCCUCACUACUGUCAACAUGGCCAACCAAGAAGUAGACGAACUGUUUGAAGUGAAGAAUUCUUUUUACAUUGGCAAUUAUCAGCACUGUAUUAAUGAGGCACAGAAAUUGCAGCCAAGUACACCAGAGCUACUUCAGGAACGAGACAUUUUUCUGUACCGGGCACUGAUAGGCCAGCGCAAAUAUGGAGUUGUCCAAAGUGAAAUUAAGUCAUCUGCUCCAGCCCCUCUUCUUGCUCUAAAGCUCCUGGCACGUUACCUCCAGUCCCCAGAAAGCAGAGCAACAAUAGUCAGUGAACUGGAAUCACAGCUGAGUGGGAGUGUUGACCUGACCAACACAGCCUUACUGGUGGUAUCAGCAACUAUUUAUUGUCAUGAAGAGAACUAUGAGGCAGCACUCAGAGUUCUUAAUCAAUCAGAUGUACUUGAAUGCCGUGCCCUCAUGGUGCAGACAUACUUGAAAAUGGAACGCUUGGAUGCUGCUCGUAAGGAACUGAAGACACUGCAGGAGAAAGAUGAUGAUGCCACCUUAACUCAGAUGGCACAAGCUUGGACUCACAUAGCCACAGGUGGAGAGAAGCUCCAGGAUGCUUACUAUAUCUUCCAGGAGAUGAUGGACAAGAAUAGUAGCACUGCUGUCCUCCUUAAUGGCCAGGCUGUAUGUUUCCUUGGCCAGGGUAAAUAUGAAGAGGCAGAAGGAGCUCUGCAGGAAGCCUUGGAUAAAGAUCCUAAUAAUCCGGAUACCGUUAUAAAUUUGAUGGUUCUUGCUCACCACACUGGCAAGCCACAAGAGGUUGCCAGCCGAUACUUGGCACAAUUAAGAGAUGAACACAAAUGUCAUAAGUUUGUACAAGAUAUUGUGGCUAAGGAGGAGGAAUUUAACCGUCUUGUGAAACAGUAUGCUGCCUAAACAUCUGUAAAUUUCAUCACAAGUUAGUUAAGGUUUAUAGUUCAAGAUCUUUUUAUAGCUUUAGUAGACAUAUCUAAAUUGGCCUGUACAAGUAUUUUCGUGUUUGUUUGGCACAUCAAGGAAACUUCUUCAAAUCAGUUCAGUAGUUGAUUAUUUUGACUUUUGAAGAUUUUUUUUUGUUAUAACAUGUGUACAGUAUAUGGCAUUCCAGAAAUGAGGAUAAUUAUAUUUUGUGAAUUUAUGAACAAAUAAAAAGAGGCACUUUAA